UCUCCCGCCAUUCUAGCCCGGGAGCUGGAAUUCUCCCCUUCUGCAUUUGGAAGAUUGUUCCCAAAGGAUGUCGCCCACGAUUCACGGGUUGGCCGAGCAGCGGGGUAGCCAGGAAUCCCACGAUGCCAAAAAAACCCUGAAAGAGGAAAUAGAAUCCAUUCUGCAGGAGCGCAUUAUGGUUUUGGAUGGAGGCAUGGGGACCAUGAUCCAGCAAUAUUCCUUAGGAGAAGAGGAAUUUCGAGGUCAGGAAUUUAAGGAUCACCUGAAACCACUCAAGGGAAACAAUGACCUGCUGAGCAUAACUCAGCCUGAUAUCAUCUACAAAAUUCACAAGGAAUACUUGCUUUCUGGUGCUGAUAUCAUUGAGACAAACACUUUCAGCAGCACUAAAAUAGCACAAGCUGACUAUGGCCUUGAACAUCUGGCUUAUCGGUUAAAUAAAAUAUCAGCACAGAUAGCUCGAAAAGCAGCUGAUGAUGUUACUGCUGAGACAGGAAGUAAAAGGUAUGUUGCUGGGGCAAUGGGCCCCACAAACAAGACACUUUCUGUUUCCCCGUCAGUGGAAAGACCUGAUUACCGGAAUGUUACUUUUGAUGAACUGGUAGAUGCGUACACUGAACAAGCCAAAGGUCUUUUAGAUGGUGGAGCAGAUAUCAUGCUGGUUGAAACCAUUUUUGAUACAGCCAAUGCCAAGGCAGCUCUCUUUGCUCUCCAAAACUUAUUUGAAGAAGAAUAUGAACCGAGACCAUUGUUUGUAUCGGGAACCAUUGUCGAUAGAAGUGGUCGUACUCUCUCUGGCCAGACUGGGGAAGCAUUUGUCAUCAGCAUAUCUCACAGCCAGCCACUUUGCAUUGGAUUAAACUGUGCCUUGGGGGCAAUUGAAAUGAGACCUUUCAUUGAAGCCAUUGGAAAGUGUACAACUGCUUACAUCAUUUGUUAUCCCAAUGCAGGUCUUCCUAAUACCUUUGGUGGCUAUGAUGAAACACCUGAAGUGACUGCCAAGCACCUUAAGGAUUUUGCCUUAGAUGGUUUAGUCAACAUAGUUGGUGGCUGCUGUGGGACCACUCCAGCACAUAUCCGGAAGAUAGCUGAAGGAGUAAAGGCAUGCAAGCCUCGUAUCCCCCCUGCCUCUGCCUCAGAAGGCUACAUGUUGCUGUCAGGUCUGGAGCCCUUCAGGAUUGGGAAAUACACCAACUUUGUUAACAUUGGUGAACGUUGCAAUGUUGCAGGAUCAAGGAGAUUUGCCAAACUGAUAAUGGCAGGCAAAUAUGAAGACGCCUUGAGUGUAGCCAAGGCCCAAGUUGAGAUGGGAGCUCAGAUACUGGAUAUCAACAUGGAUGAUGGAAUGUUAGAUGGGCCAAGUGCUAUGGCCAGAUUCUGCAACUACAUUGCUUCGGAGCCUGACAUUGCCAAGGUGCCCCUUUGCAUCGAUUCCUCAAACUUCUCUGUCAUAGAGGCUGGGCUGAAGUGUUCUCAAGGCAAAUGCAUAGUGAACAGCAUCAGUCUGAAGGAAGGCGAAGAUGAUUUCCUAAGAAAAGCAAGCAAAAUUAAGAGAUACGGAGCAGCAGUGGUGAUUAUGGCCUUUGAUGAAGUGGGGCAGGCCACAGAAGCAAAAGACAAAAUUGCAAUCUGCACCAGAGCCUAUGACCUUCUAGUGAACAAAGUUGGCUUUAAUCCAUGUGAUAUAAUUUUUGAUCCCAACAUUUUGACUAUAGGUACCGGAAUGGAGGAACAUAAUUUGUAUGCAGUUAACUUUAUCAAUGCAACUAAAACAAUAAAAGAAAAUUUGCCUGGAGCCAGAAUAAGUGGAGGCCUUUCGAAUUUGUCUUUCUCCUUCCGGGGAAUGGAUGCUAUUCGAGAAGCAAUGCAUGGCGUUUUUCUUUUCCAUGCAAUUAAGUACGGAAUGGACAUGGGGAUUGUGAAUGCGGGAAAUCUGCCAGUAUACGAUGACAUCCAUAAGGAACUUUUGCAGUUGUGUGAAGAUUUGAUUUGGAAUAAAGAUCCAGAUGCAACAGAAAAGCUUUUGCAUUAUGCUCAGACUCAUGCUCAAGGAGGAAAAAAAGUGGUGCAGACUGAUGGAUGGAGAAAUGGAUCUGUAGAAGAAAGACUGGAGUAUGCCCUUGUUAAGGGCAUUGAGAAAUAUGUGAUUGAGGAUACUGAAGAGGCUAGACAAAACAAAGAGAGGUAUCCCAGACCCCUGAAUAUAAUUGAGGGGCCUCUGAUGAAUGGCAUGAAAAUAGUUGGUGAUCUUUUUGGAGCUGGCAAGAUGUUUCUUCCUCAGGUGAUUAAAUCCGCUAGAGUUAUGAAGAAAGCUGUUGGUCAUCUUAUCCCAUUCAUGGAGAAGGAAAGAGAGGAAAUACGUGCGUUGUCUGGUAAUAUGGAGGAAGAGGAUCCUUAUCAAGGCACUAUUGUGUUAGCUACUGUGAAAGGUGACGUUCAUGACAUCGGCAAGAACAUUGUGGGAGUAGUUCUGGGCUGUAAUAAUUUCAGAGUUAUUGAUUUGGGAGUUAUGACACCAUGUGACAAGAUACUUAAAGCUGCUCUUGAAAACAAAGCAGAUAUAAUUGGCCUGUCUGGUCUUAUCACUCCAUCUUUGGAUGAGAUGAUAUUUGUUGCUAAGGAAAUGGAGAGACUAGAAAUAAGGAUUCCUUUGCUGAUUGGAGGAGCAACUACUUCCAAGUAA